CAGCAUUUUCCUUACGGCACCUUCUCCACCAGACGGUGGUGCAGCCACAGCCACUCCCUUCAUCAGCAUUUUCCUUACGGCACCUUCUCCACCAGACGGUGGUGCGGCCACAGCCACUCCCUUCGCCAGCAUUUUCCUUACGGCACCUUCUCCACCAGAAGGAGAUGCAGCCGCAACCGCUCCCUCCGCUAAGGCUUCCGCCCCCCCGUCUUCCCCGAGGUCCCUUUCUCCAGAAGAAGCCAUAAUGCAGCAAGAGCAAGAGCUGUCUGCUCUGGGAUGCCGUCCUGUGCCAAUCAAGAUGGACGUGAGAAAGGAGCUCAGUCCUAAGGACACUCUGUUGGACAAGCCCUUCUAUCCGCGGUACGUGACGGUCCAUCAGUGCGACGAUUCCAGAAGCUUCUGCCAAGAGGAAGGAUGCCGUUGCAUGCGGGCCGGGAACAGCACGCUGAGGAAGGAGAUCACCGUCAAGUACGCCGAAGGAGGAAAGACCGCCUUCGAGAAGAGGGAACUCCCGAGCGAUUCUCACUGCGAGUGCGACUGUGCUGCCGAUUUGGCAGGAAAGGCACAGGGAUAAGCGGCCCUGAAGUUCGAGCGAGAAUCCUUGAAGGAAAACCAUUUGCGGCGCGAGACUCCCUUCCGGCGGCCUCGGGAACUGUAGCGGAUGUCAGUGAUAUAGGCAUAUUUGUUGUCAUAAAUCAUUAUAUUAUGUU